AUGACACAGCAUCAUGGGUUCACAGUAACUACAUAUAACACAGAGCUCAUCAAAUCAAAAGAAGAGUUAAUAGUUAUACUUUACGUAGUCAAAAGUCUUGGUAAUAUACAAAGACAAGACUAUGGAACUGGGCAUGAGUUACAUUUCUUGUUUGCUAUUUUUUUGGCGAACGCUUUUGAUCAAUCUGUCGUGACGAGUAAGUACAGCCAGUUUGUUGUUUUUUUUGUUUUGCACUAUUACUACAAUUUGAUCAGGCGGGUAAUCAACAAGUUUAGACUUAUGCCGGCUGGUUCUAGAGGUCAAUGGGGUUUGGACGAUUAUUUUUUCAUACCGUUUCUGUUUGGCGCAUCGCAGUGCUACAGUCUUGGCGAUCGCAUUCCCAAACUAACAACAAUUUUGGACUGUGCGAAAGAGGCUAAAAAAUACUACUUUUACGAACUGAUUAUGCAUUUGCACAAGUCUAAGUCACAUGAGUUCAGUGAAAAUAGUUCAUUAAUCUGUAUGUUUGAAGAAAUGUCGAGUUGGGAUGUGAUAGAAAGAGGUUUACUAAAAAUGUAUCAAAAAGAAGUCUUAUCAGCGUAUCCAGUGGUACAACAUCUAACUUUAAUAGACGACGAGCGUUUUAACUGCAGACUCAAGUAA